AUGAGCAUAACCGUAACAGGCCACAGUUUGGGUGCUGCACUUUCAACAUUGUGUGUAGCAGACAUUGUAGCCAACGGUUACAACAGGCCGAGUGAUAAACCAAACAAUUCUUGUCCCGUGACAGCAUUCAAAUUUGGCAGUCCACGAGUUGGGGACUUGAAUUUUAAGGAAAUUCUGAAGUCUGAAAAAACUUCAUAUACUAAGUUGCAUAGUGUCGAGUUUCGUGUCGGCGGCGACGCAGGCUGGGCCGUCCCCUCGCCGAAGAAUGAUCAGCUAUACAAUGAUUGGGCUUCCAAGAACAGGUUCAAGAUUAAUGACACCCUAUGCUUCGAGUAUACUAAGGAUUCAGUGUUAGAGGUGACAGAAGAAGAAUACGAGAAAUGUCGAUCGACUCAUCCUAUGUUCUUCUCCAACAAUGGAAACAGUACCUAUACAUUGGAUCAUCCGGGCUUGUACUAUUUUAUGAGUGGUGUUUCAGGACACUGUGAGAGGGGACUCAAGAUGAUUAUCAAAGUUUUGGAGCCAGAAAGCCCUCAGGUAGCAAACUCAACAACUGCCAGUGCUGCAUAUGAGUUUGCUGCUGAUACUUCUACUGCAACUAUUCUUAUGCUUAUUAUGUCAUUUUCUUGGGCCUUCUUCAUGUAA